AUGUCUGCGCGCAAGAAAAAAACAACUUCAGCCGAAACUGAAGAAAUAUUAGUAAUUGAUCCAAAAAAACAAAAUACUGAUUUAGAACCAUUUCCUCAUCCAUUUUAUACUGGUGGAUAUAGUCAAGGAUGUGAACCAAAAACACUAACUGAAUUGACAAUGAUGCAUUUAAGUGGCAUUAUUCGAACGAAAUCAAAAUGGUAUGAAAAAAUGAAAGAUGAAACAAUACGAAACAAAUGGAAAUCAGAAGCUUCAGAACAAGCAUCACUUACAGAUAAACAAAUCGAUUAUGUUCUAGCUGAAUUAGAGUAUUAUGAUUCGAUACGAGAUGGAUCUAUGGAAAUGUCCUCUAUUGAUGGUGUGUGGCAAAGUGAUGAAUUAAUACCAAUUGAUAUGAAGGAAUCAUUGAUUGAAUGUGUAAAGAGUUUGGAGAAUGUUCCAGAAAGUGAACAAGAUUGGCAUCCUGGUACAAAUAACCAAAUAUUAGAUUUAGUUCAUCCAUCAUUAUUUUGUUUUGUUAAUCAAAUGACGAGCGUUAUUAAUGAUAAGAAUCAUAUUAUCAAUGUAGAUAAUUGUCUAGAACAUAUUGGCGAUGGUCAAACUAUUGAUAUUAAUGCAAAUUUAUUAUCUUCAAAAAAUAAACGACAAAAAUUAAAACAUGAUUAUACUCGAUCGAAUACAUAUCAAUGGUUACCAGCUGAAUUUAAUGUUUCAAAGGAUGGUCAAGUUACAAUCGAAUCAUAUAUCAAUAAUUUACAUCCAAUUGAAAACAAAAAACUAUAUCGAUUAAUUGAACAAAUAUGUGAACGUUUUAUACCUCUAUUUAACAAAGUUUUAACCGAUUUAGUUCAUAAUCAAUAUAAACCAAAUCGAAUCAUUGUUGAUCCAUAUCAAUGGUAUGAUUCUUCAGACACAUCUGAUAAUGAUGAUGAUGAUGAUGAUGAUGAUGAUGAUAAUAGACCAAUUAAACUACCUGAUGUCGGGGAAUUUCAAAUGCCAUCAUCAAAAACUUCAAGUAUUGAUUUACGUGGACGAAAACUGCAAAUAAUUGUUAAAUUAGCUAAUAUAAUAUUGACACCAGAGAAUCCCAAAUAUCCUGGUGGUGUUUGGCAUGUUGAAGGGAUGGAAAAUGAACAUAUUGUUGCUACAGGUAUUUUUUAUUAUUUUAAUUCUAAUAUUACACAAUCAAAUUUACAAUUUCGAACGGUGAUAAGAGAACCAAACUAUGAACAAAAUGAUAAUCGUGGUGUAAGAAUUGUUUAUGGUUUAGAUGACGAAGCACCGUUAAAUCAGGAAUUGGGCGAAGUGAUUACUCAAGAAAAUCGUUGUCUUGCUUUUCCAAAUAUUUAUCAACAUCGUGUUGCACCAUUUCAAUUGAAAGAUCCAACUCAACCAGGUCAACGUAAAAUAUUAGUGCUUUUUUUAGUUGAUCCAACUGUUCGUAUAUUAUCUACUGUCAAUGUUCCACCGCAACAAUCGCAUUGGCUUGCCAAUAUUGUACGUUCUAUGCCUCCAUUUAAUAGUUUACCAUUAGUAGUCGUCGAAAAAAUAAUGAAAUAUAUUGAUUUUCCUAUGAAUAUGAAACAGGCGAAACAACAUCGUGAGAAAUUAAUGGAAGAAAGAAAAUAUUUUAUUUCACAAAAUAAUGAAUUACUGUUUGAAAGACCAUUUUCAUUAUGUGAACAUUGA